AUGGCGGCUCUGGAGCUCGAGAAAGACGGUCUAAGCUUCGCCAGCGGUGCCGCUGCCAUUUUAACAGUCGCGCAAUCCUUGGCGACUGUCGUCGAUGAUGCCGUUGUGAACGGUUAUGUUCAUGGUGGAACGUAUCAUCAAUUCGAAGUCAUCCCCCAUGCCAUAGGUCUAGAGUGUCGCAUCACGGAUACAAAUGACCUAGAAAAGGUUGAAACGGCGAUUGAUGAGAGGACCAAAUUCGUCUUCACUGAGACUAUCAGCAACCCCAAGUUCGCAGUAGCAGAUUUGGAAGGUCUUUCAGCUAUUACCCGACGUGCAAAGAUUCCUCUAAUCGUGGAUGCUAGCUUUUCAGCUGCUGGCUUCUUCUGCCAGCCAGCCAGAUUUGGUGUCGAUAUCGUCAUCAACUCAGCUACCAAAUAUAUCGGUGGUCAUGGAACGACGUUGGGGGGGAGUUGUCAUUGA